UACUAUUGUUCUCAUUAUUAAUUUAAUUAGUGGUUACAUGAAAUUUUUGUAAGCGUUCUUGUUUUCUAAAAUUUGUUUUGUUGUGUAGAAUUGGCUUUGACUAUGCGUGUAACUGAAAAGUGUGAUGUGUAUAGCUUUGGAGUGGUAGCUUUAGAAACUAUGAUGGGAAAGCACCCAGGAGAGAUGUUGGAAUCUUUAACAUCAGCUCAGUCGAAAGAUUUGGAGAAUAUGCUAUUAAAAGAUGUGUUAGAUCAACGGUUAUUACCUCCUACUGGGAGGUUAUCACCUGUUGUGGUGUUAGUGGUGAGCUUAGCACUGUCAUGUACUAGAAGUAGACCAGAUUCACGACCCACUAUGCAUUUUGUGGCACAAGAAUUAUCGACAAGGAGUCGUGCUUCCAUGAUCUCUGAGCCAUUGAGGACUAUUACGAUUGAGAAGGUCGCUGCACUUCAAUAUCAACAGCAGUAGAAAGAAUUAAUAUUUUUAUUACAAUUAAAGCUAGUAUUCAUGUAAGAUAAUAGGUUUAACU